AAAAAUAGGUAAAAUUCUAUUUGCAUUUUUCAUAUUAAUAAAAGGGGAUAUAUCGAAAUUCAUAGAAAUAAAUCUAAUAUUAACAGACGGUAUCUGCAAUAAAUUAAUUGCAAUUUAAGGAUCAAUAUGAACAUUCCCCCUAUUCAACAACCAGGGGCAAUCGGGGUAGGACAGAUGACUCAGUCUGUAAAUCCUCAACUUUCUCAAAAUCCACAGCAGGCACAGCCACAGCAAGUUCAACAACAACAACAGCAACAACAACAAGCACAAGAAAAGCUUGAUAAUAUUUCUAAAGUUAAAUCAUUAAUUGGUCCUUUAAGAGAAUCACUGGCUAUAGCUCUUAAAACUGCAGCACAUACAUUACAUCAAAAUAGUUUAGUAGAUGUUGGAUCUCUUAAGGGUAGCGACCAACCUGAUCAUCGUUUUAAUAAAAAUAUGGAAGAAUUUUAUUCUAUCUGUGAUCAAAUAGAAUUACAUUUGAAGACUUCUAUAGAGUGUUUAUCACAGAAUUCCAGUGCUGUACGAUAUUUACCAGUGUCUGUCAUACCAACACGUACUGACACUGUAGGAGUACAAGAUGGACCUGCUUUAACCUAUCCCCAGUUUUUAAUGACUGUCAGAGCACAAGUUGCAUAUGCUAGAGAAGUUCAUGAUACAUUAAUUUCUGCAGCACAUACAAUAGCAUCUGCGCGCAUUCAGUUCGCGGGGAGCGCUCGUGCAGUGCGCGUUGUUGUCCCGUGUUCCUCUAGAUGGUUGAUCACGUGGGAAACAUUGCGCCGACUUUUCGCGAUUCCGUGGUGGAGAAGGGCCGAGGGAAAGGGAAUAAAUGUGUGCGAGUCCGUAAUGGACAACCCUAGCGGCGGAAGAGAUAGUCGGUACGCAAGUCUUGGGUACAGCAUGGGGAUGAUAGGCAGCGACGCUGGCUCGGAAAUGUACGGCCGACCGUCCACCUCCCAGCUUACAACUUCUCAAAUAAGCCGCGGUGGCGCCACCAUGAUGGCCGCAGCGGCUGCUGCAGGCGCACCGAACGCCGGCGUGGGACCUAUACAGAGGGGUAUCAAGAGGACCACUUCGGACGUAUGUUACGAUGACAGCAACGCACGGCAGGCGCUUUCGCAACAACAAGGUAUGCCAAUGUCCGCGGAGUGUGUACCCGACAAUCUGGAGGAAUCCUUCACGAGUUUGGGUCAACCAAAAAAGUCACCCCCAUCGAAUGGCAAGAAAACCAAAGGACGGGUCAAGAUUAAGAUGGAGUACAUCGACAAUAAGCUCCGAAGGUAUACCACCUUCUCCAAAAGGAAAACCGGAAUCAUGAAGAAGGCGUACGAGCUGUCGACGUUGACGGGUACGCAGGUGAUGCUGCUGGUGGCCAGCGAGACGGGCCACGUGUACACGUUCGCGACACGGAAGCUACAGCCGAUGAUAACCAGCGAGGCAGGGAAGGCGUUGAUCCAGACCUGCCUGAACAGCCCGGACCCGCCCACCUCCGGCUCAUCCGGGGAUCAGAGGAUGUCCGCGACCGGGUUCGAGGAGACCGAACUGACCUACAACAUAGCCGACGACGAGCAGAAAGAAGACGGCACUUCACCCAGAUCGGACGUAUGUGCCAAUGAAAGCGACGGAGACUCCAGCGAUGGCGAUUCUCCCGUUUCGAAAGAUCUCCCAAAGAACCACUCGGGUAUAAUGUACCAGAUGCCGCAGACAGUCAUUUAUUCGCCGAGUCCAGGAGUUCUACUCGGUAUCGGGCAAAACGGUCAGCCGGUGCAAAUCUCUCAAGAAGGAGGCACGGUAACCCCGGUAAACUCCACGCAGAAUAACCAACCGUUCAUCACGAUACCGCUGAACGUAGCGAUGAGCGCCGCGGGUUUGUCGCUUCCCGUAACCUCCAGGAUGAAUAUGUCGCCGUCGCCUAGAUCACCGACCACGACGACGACGACAACGACGACCACGUCCGCCUCUGACCUACCAUCGGACCUGACCAAGGAUCGUGAGUGACCACGCGACUCGAUCAACGUUCGCGACUAAGAAAAUCUCCACGGUACCGUCGCUCGUCGAUGCAACAAAGGGUAAACGGACGAUUGGACGAUUUCUUUUCCCCGAAAACUUCGUCGAGAGAUACGUAUAUCGCGAUGGGGGCUGAUACGAUGCUUAACGAUUACAUUUCGCCAAAGUACUACCUCUAUUUUUCCAACGCAAUCGGGACCGUUAGAGUUGAAAUGGAAAUUUUAAGUUGUUACUGGUAUGUUGACAUUCGAGACGACAUAGGAACGAGAGGAAUACAGUGGUCAAUGAAAGCAAAAUUCGUUGAAUUUGAUAAAGUUUUUUAAAAAUGUAGUUAUUAGGGGUGUUCGAGAACCUCGAAAGUCUCGAGAAUAUGACAUCAUGGAAUAUGACAUCAUUUAAAAUUUAUCGCUGAUAGCUGGUCUUCUCCUUAUCUCUGACAGUCCAUUAUGUGACUGAUAUCUUUGAGAUGAAUCAUUAUAAAAAUUAUUUAAUUCGUUUCGUACCUGUUCUAUCUUGAAGAAUAAGAACUCCACUUUGAUUAUGUACAAUCACAUUUCAAAAAAUCGCUAUCAAAGUACCAAAAAAGUUAAGUUGAACGAAUUUCGCUUUCCUGUACGAAGACUUUUGAGGACUUUAGAUCGUCCAACGAGUGUUAACUUACCAGCAACACGCAAUACAUUCGACGUAAAACGAGUAUUCCGUUAGUUGGUACCGGUAGCAUCGAUUCGAAUAUUGGUCCCAUCGUCGAGACGAUCGCGUCGAUCCGCGGAUGGCUGAUGAUCGUUGUUGAAACUCGUUGGUACUCGUUGUUAGAAUUCGCGUAACGUUCAACUUCGCUGCAACGCGAUGUCACGAAUUUUGUUCGUCCUUCGCUUCGAGGACGCCAUCGCCUAUCCUGCCGAUAGAUUCAACGACGGAUUAACACUUUGACUGCCGGAUCAAACCCCUGAAAUUGUCCACGAAAUCGAAACUUUGUUCUCAGACAAUUUGAAACUAGCAUACACACAAUUUCUCAACUGAUUUUUACAGCCUUGUUAAAAUUCAAGGGUCCUAUCUAGAUUUAUUUUCUUUAACGUUCAAUCUGUAGGAUUAAUUUCUUUAUUUCCUUAGUAAAAAGUCAAUGUGUUAAACGUAAUUGCAGGGCGACCCGCGGAGUGCAAAGGCGUGAAAUUUUCCGCGAUGUUUCGAUAUUUGUAACGCAAAGAAUUUGGCGAAUUUUAUUUCCGAACGCAAAAGUUUUAGUCUCGUUCGUAAACUAAUGUUUCCCAGCGGCUUAACAACUAGGAGUACCGAAACAGUCAAAACGACCCAUUCGUAAUUUCUAAUAAAACUUAUGAAAAAUUUAAUCGAUUUGAGAAUUUACUGUAGUUUUCUAUAAGAGAAUGAAUAAACACUUAUUUCCUAUCGUUUUAAUUUCUUUGGUACAAAUAAAUACACUAUAAUUGUCGGUAGUUAUAGUGUUAAUAGAUAAAUAUCUUAACAAAAAAGAAACGUUCGUUUUGUCUCGACAAUGCAAAGAAUUCUUUGUUUUAGUCUUCAUAGACGCCAUGUUUAGCGAUAAAAAGAUCAAGGAGAGAACUAAUGGAAGAAGACUAAUAAUAGAAAUGGGUCCUUCUUAUAGUAUUUCAAGAAAAAAAAAAGAACCUAGAAAGUAAUUAGCUUCAGGCUCCGAUAAGUCCAAUUACAAAUUAAUUUACGGAACGUAAAUGUAAACGGAAGCUGGUUCGCGAACGAAUCUAAAAUUUAUAUUCGUUGUUCGAGAAGAAAAUUCGCCAAACUCUAAUAUCGAUACGAUACGUUGAUAAGUAAAAUUAGCAACGUGUAUCGGAGUACAUGUUUUCGUUGAAGCUGGGUUUCGUUACCGGCGUUUAAUCGAUAUUUGUGCAAUACUAGUCGAACGUUUGUUCAGCAAACGUUCCGUAUAGCAACUUUUUACAUUGUCCUCGUAAUGGUUCAUCUUUCGAGAUAUUCGUCAAUUUUUAAUAGAAUCAUCCGUGAAUGGAAUCGGUAUUUUAAAGCUGCUCACAGCCUACUGAGGUUCAAGCCAGAUAUUUUGUUCUUUUGCGAGUUUGGACGUACAAUGAUUACGAAUUCAACGAUCAAAUUUGCGUUAUUUGAGCAUUUCUUUUUUUUUUUUUUGUUUAAUGUAUUCCAGAUCAGUGAUUCUAUGAACAACGACGACUUCUUAAUCGUACAGGGUGCUUUUAAAAUGAACUGUAACCGGCGUCAUUCUUCGUUUAAACUAUAGAGGAAAUAUUCGUUACUCGUUUAUGUUGUACAUUGAAUUUCUUUUUAUUUAUCGGUUUGCCUGGAAAGAAAAAUAUAAAUGAUUCUUCUCGAAGCAACGAUUUCCUCGCAUGGAUGCUUGCAUUUAAAAGUACGAAACGCUUGAAUUCUACGCGAUUCGGUCUGCGUGCGCGAUAAAAGUGUUUCGAGAUCAAUGAUCGGCUAAUUAACGGAAACGUUUAAUUGGCCAGUGAUAAUGUUGCCAAUUUUUAUCGAUCGUUUAAACGGAUAAUGUUAAACAUUAACCGUAAUUAGUGAUAAGCACGCAUUAUUGUCAGCCACGUUGAUUUAACAGUAUUCUUCAACAACGCAAUCUCUAUUUUACACGAUAUGGAAAUAAAUUAUCGGCUUGUAAUAGAUAACACCCGCGAGUAACUUGUAUUUUUUUUUUACAAUAUACCUGCGAAUAUUAUUUCACACACGGAUAGUACUAUCGAUAUGCACGAACCGUCGAUCGGGGCUUGCCAGAGAGCAGAGUUGUUCGUAAACAUAUCAAGGGAUUCGUAAAAAAUAUUCUCGCAAUUCAAGAAUUCUUUCUUUCCAUAUUGUGCUUCGAAUAUGUAUACUUGUUUCGAUCCAGCGGAAACCAGAACCUCGAUGCGCCGCGAUUUAAAACAAACAAUUGACUUUCUUGAAUCGUGAAAGUAUUAUUGCGCGAUACGUUCCGAAAGGUACCCAUCUAACAACGAACGCGAACAAGUUGUUUAUAUAUAUAUAUAAAAAAAAAUAUUGUUUAACAGUGCCUUCGUAGAGGGUUAAGAAACGCGGAGGGAGAAAUUCGAGAGAAAAAAGGGACCGUGAUAUUCAUAAGUAUAAGUAUCGUUCUUUUAUAUGUAUCAGUUGAUGUGUAAUGAAUUGCUUUUUAAACCAUAAGAAUACGACAGACUUGUUUAACUUACUCUACCAGGUAGUGCUAGUCACGAGAUUGCGUCUAGUCAUUGAAACGUGCAAUGAAAUAUAAACAGCCAUUUAUUUUUCGCGCCUAUACGCCGAUCGAAAUAGUUGGUGAAUCGUCUACUCGAGUUAUUUUAUCGUUCAGUGAGGUAUACAGUAUGGUAGAACUUCAAUGAUUGCACGAAUACUUCAUACGUCGCACUGUGUUGACACACGGAAGGGAUCUUAACGAGCGAAGUUAGAGGUAGAGGUGCAGUAGAACCUCGAUACAUGCAACAAUUUUUUAGCCCCAUUCUCUUGCAAUUAUCGAAGCUCUAACGCAACAGGUAAUAUUAACAAGCAGGUACUGGCGAUACACAGUGUAAGUAGGGUUCAUUGUUGGACAGGCUACCUCGAUCACUGCACGAACCUCGAUACUUGCAUCAAUUUUUCGCCCCGUGUUCCUGUAAUUAUUGAGGUUCGACUUAGAAAACUCAAGCGUGCCGCACGGGCUGUAAAUAAAUUGUUGGUACGCGCAUUAGCAGUCGGUAGAACUCGGUUUUUUUCUGUUUCCUCCAGUGAGUUUCGUCGAAUCCCGAAAUUUGUACCUACGAUUCAUUUAAACCAUUGAUUCGAGCCCCGUAUUAGUGUACUACGAAUCUGCACAGAAUUCUGUUCAUCCCUGAUUGUUUCAAAUGUUCAUACGCAAAAUUAGCGAUAGUACGAUCCGUGCAAACGUCCCGAUCGAUAUGAAAAACGAAUGCAAUUAUCUUGUAUCGUGCAUUUAUCAUGAAUAGGUAUGAAAAUUGCCAAUUGCAAAUUUUCAACACGGAACAAUAUACCAAUCAUUUGCAUACUUUUCUUUCGACAUCGAUCGACUGCAAUUUGAUCGCGAUCCAGAGAUUUUUACCCCAUUUUUGGAACGACGUUUUUAUUUCGAGAUAGGAAUGGCACGACUCGAAAGAUAUAAAUUUGUAAGAAAUGCAGGUAACGAUAAUAACUUCCUUAGAUCGAACGAAAAUUAUAGAUUGGACAUCCACGAGGUGUUUGUCGAUGAAUUCUUCGAUUCGAUAGAUGUCGAGUUACUCUAAUUGCAAACGCGUCGUAAAGUUAGUAACUAAGAAACGAACAGUUGCAAUUUUAAUACCUGUUAACGAUUCUGAAUUUUAAGAAAAUCGAUUCACUGUCCCGUUUUAAUUACACACAUUCGAAAGAGAUCAAAAUUAUUCCAGCAUUCGCGCGUAAUAAUCGCGACAAUUACUUCCAAAAAUAUCAUUUGUGGCAAGAAAUUUGCACACUCGAGUAAGUUAAAGCUCUCUGAAGAUUAUUCGUGCGAAAGGUAAAUGUCCCCAAUAGCGACCGCGUCCUCUUUAUGGACCAUUUGCUUUUCUUAUAUACUAAGUGUGAUUUAUUCUGAAAUUCGUGGAUCAUUUUAAUAUAAAGUUACGAGAUUAUUAAAUGGCUUCAGAUUUUAAUGAGCAACGCAAACAGUUGCUUGUAAUAUUUUAAGUAUAUCUCAAAUUAUUUGUCCAUCCAAGCAUUUUAUUAAACGUUUUUAAAUUUAAUUUCAUAUUACGCAAGUUGAAAACUCGAUAAUUUUGUAACAAAAGUACAAAUUCUUUUAACGUGUUGUUAAAAGAUUAUUUUAAACGAUUGCAUUCUCACGCGUCCAAUAAUGGGGUCAUUUAUCUUACAUAAAAUAGAAAUUUAUUCAUACGUCGAUUAAAUUGAGUACAAUUUUGGAUUGUACAAAUUGAAGAUUGAAAGGAAACGCGAGAAGCGAGUGGGUUUUGCAUCGUGUACCGCACAAAUACCAUGUUUCGCAAUACGGCUAAAUAAUUGUAAAACGCGUACCAUUAAACAGUGAUUCGUUAUCAGACGUGGUAAUAUUAUUGAGUCGCUGCUGGGAUUCUUGCGGAUACUCGUAUCUAAUGUAUCAUUGAUGCUUUCACCUCUUAUGAGCAAACAUUUACACUGUCCACGCAUUAACCCUUUCGCUACGGACAGUGACAUUAUAGUCACUCGCUGUUAAUAAACGAGAUACGAGCAAUGUUUUAUUCGAAUAAUAAAUAAACAAUAACAUUUAUGUACGAUCAGACACGCGAGGAAGUAGAUUCAUAAGCUAAUGUGCAACCUGUCCUUCAAGCUUCGAUAUCAACCUCAUUUUUCCCCCAAAUCUCAAUAAUCGUCGAUAUUGGUAUUUUAAAAGCAGACAUUCCCUGAAUAAAUAAAUUUCGUUUUUCUUCUAAGUCUAAUAUGUAUAAUAUAUUCUAGUUCCGUAACAAACCGCAAGAAUUUUUGUAGCAACCCAAUACUUGCAAUCGUUUAUAGACUUCCAAUAAAUAUAGUAAAAUAGUAAACGGUAAAACAAAAUUUUUCACGUCGUAUUCAAGUAUUAAAGGAUUUAUUAUUUUAUACGCGUACGGCUAAAACGUUAUAGAUACGUGAAAGGAAGCUAGAUAGAAUAAAUUACAAAAGGAUAAACGGAAGAAACGAAUUCGAAAUGUAUUUAUCACGCCUUUGUAAGUAUUUCGUUUUCUACGUUCUUGUUACGCGCGUCUGACGAGUGUUCUUCACGUUUGUACAGAAUAGCGAAAUUACGAAACUGUAUAAUACGAGAUUAGCUGACGUUAGCGGCGUUAUUAGCGAACGCAAUGGCGAGCGAUUAAACCGUCAAAGGUGAACAACGAAUCGCGUACAAUACGGAUCAUAGAAAAAAAGGGUAUCUCGAAAAUCUCGAAUUUUCAGAAAUUAUUGCGAGAAACUCGAGCUUGAAGUUUGUACACUGAUCGCUAAAUUCUUAUGUUUCACGUAUACAUAUGUAGAAAAUCGAAAUUCUCGAUCACCUACGACUACUGGCAGGGUUAAAUGCGUUCUAUUUUAUAUACAAUAUACAUAUGCAUAUAUCAUUGUAUAGUAUGUGCU